AUGACCGCCAUCCCCCAGGUGCCCCUAGAACACAAGAAGGUCCCGAUGCAGGAGCUCCCUGAAGAGGUGGCCAAGGACUUCGCCAUGGUGGUGCCCGUGCAGGAGAACAUCGACAUCUCGCUGCUGCAGAAGCGGAUCCUGGCCGGCGGCCGCGAGCUCUGGGACCCGGCCAACCAGAAGGACAACGUGCCGGUGCGUCGCGCCGGCCACGACACGUGGGGCAUCGGCAAGGUCGUGUUCGUCUUCUGCGACGACUACCUGAAGAACGUCUUCACGUUCCCAUGGUACCAUUCGUGGCAGAAGGAGCUCGCCCCGAUCUUCGAGCAGAUCAACAUCCCUGUGAACCGCAUCGUGCGCUGCAUCUUGGCGUCCAUGCCGCCUGGAGCUGACAUCCCCGUUCACCAUGACACCGGUUCGUGGGUGCACUUCACGCACCGCAUGCACAUCCCCGUGUUCACGAGCCCCGACAUCGACUUCAUGGUGGGACCCAACGACCAGAACAUGCAGCGCUACGAGUUCAAGCAGGGCAACCUCUACGAGCUCAACAACAUCAGCCGCCACCGCGUCAAGAACAACUGGGACCAGCACCGCGUGCACAUGAUCUUCGACUACGUCGACGAGGGCUUCCCGCUCAACCGCAUGGAUCUCAAGCAGGGCACGACGGUGUGGCAGACGCGUCGCUCGGUGGACCUGUCCACGGACUACGGCAAGCGCGUGCCGCCCUCGUUCGUCGUCAUUGGCGCGCAGAAGGCCGGCACCACGUCGCUCUACGACUACAUCCUGCAGCACGACCUCGUGUGGCCUGCCAAGCGCAAGGAGACCCACUACUUCGACUGGCGAUGGAACAAGGAGCUGCCCGACGCCUCGACUCCUGAAGGCGCCAAGCAGCACCUCCGCUACUUCGAGGACACGUACCUGGAGCGGAAGAUCCUGUACCGAUUCCCGUCGCUGAUGUCGGGUGAGGCUACGCCCAGCUACAUGCUCGGCGGAGAGACGGUGAUCAACCGCAUGAAGCAGGUGAUCCCGCACUGCCGCAAGAUCAUGGCUAUCAUGCGCAACCCGGUGGAGCGUGCGUACUCGCACUACUCGAUGACUGCAGACACGGAGGGCUCCGAGAAGCAGCUGCGCAACCGCGGCCACCACCACCUCAAGGGCCGCAGCUUCGAGCAGAUCGUCGACGACGAGAUCGAGGAGCUGUCGAAGCUCGGCGUGCACCCGGACAUGGACUUCGAGGAGUUUGACGAGAAGGUGAUGCGCAAGCAGCUCGAGUUCGACCACGGCGCACACUCAUUCGUAGCGCGCGGACUGUACGCGCUGCAGCUGGCGGGCUGGAUUGAGGCGUAUGGAAAGGAGAACGUGCUGCUGCUCACUCUGGACGAGUUCAAGAGCACGGAGAAGCUUCACGUACGUAGUUAA